AUCCUUCCUCCGGCUCUUUCUUUCUCUUCUACGCUAACCGCCGUCGGAUUUAGGGUUUCGUCGAUUUCAUCUACUUUCUUCUCCAGAAGACGAAUCAAAGGAGAUAUACUUCAUCCUGAUCGGAUAUCCAACGAAGAUCUCUUGGAUCCAGGCGCUGUAUCUGGUCGAUACUCCUCAUUCUUCUUCAUCCGCAAUCAGCUGGCUAUUUAUAUUUCAAAGCCUUUAUUGAUGGAAGAUAGGAGUCUAACUAUCCAAUCGCCAUUGUUGAAACUCAAAAGUUGGAAAUGGUGGUGUCUUGUAGCUCUUAACAUAUUCUUUCUUAUUAUUGGUCAAGCUGCUGCUGUUAUUCUAGGAAGAGUUUACUAUGAUCAUGGUGGUAAUAGUAAAUGGAUGGCAACUCUAGUUCAAACUGUUGCUUUUCCAAUUCUAUUUGUUCCUUGUUUAUUCCUCUCCUCAUCUGAGGAAUCUACGACUAAUUCCUCUACACAGUUAAUCUAUUUGGUGUUGAUAUAUGUCGGUCUUGGAGUUCUAAUUGCGGGUGAUAACAUGCUCUAUUCUAUCGGCUUGUUAUACCUCUCUGCUUCAACCUAUUCUCUCAUAUGUGCAACUCAACUAGCUUUCAAUGCUGUUUUCUCAUACUUCAUCAAUUCUCAAAAGUUCACUAUGCUUAUAUUCAAUUCUGUCGUUGUUCUUACUCUAUCCGCCGCACUCCUUGCCAUCGACGAUGAUUCUGGUAUAGCAUUAGGGGUUUCAAGGUCAAAAUACUUUCUUGGAUUUAUAACAACAAUUGGUGCUUCUGCCCUUUACUCCCUAUUGCUCUCGCUAAUGCAGCUUUCGUUUCAAAAGUUCCUAAAGAAAGAAACUUUUUCAGUUGUUCUUUACAUGCAAAUCUACACUUCUCUAGUAGCUACUCUUGUUUCUCUAGUGGGAUUAUUUGCGAGUGGGGAUUGGAAAGGUAUUAAGAAUGAAAUGGAUUCGUUUACAUCGGGGAGGACUUCCUAUGUUAUGGUUUUGGUUUGGAUUUCGAUUUCUUGGCAAGUUUGUUCAGUUGGGGUUGUGGGAUUAAUAUUUGUGGUGUCUUCUUUAUUCUCGAAUGUGAUUAGUACCCUUUCGUUGGCUCUUACUCCGGUUGCUGCUGUUGUUGUUCUUCAUGAUAAGAUGAAUGGGGUGAAGGCGAUUGUUUUGCUUUUGGCGUUUUGGGGAUUUACUACUUAUAUUUAUCAGAAUUAUAUCGAUGAACAGAAGAUUAGGAAGGAAUCGACUGAAGAAGAUUACGAGGCAUGCAGUAGUAAUCACGUCAAUUGAGAAUUAUUUUUAGGGAUUGUUUGUUCUAUGUUUAGAAUCAUGAAUAAAGAUUAAUUUUUUUGUGUACAAAGAUCAGUGUGAGAGCUGAUUCUUAAUAGGGAUUAUUGACAAUUAGCACUUAAGAAGGAGAUAGAGACUGGAAAUGGUGAUAGAAUUUGCCUCAUUUAUUCAGAUUUCUAUGUAUAAAGAUCAGAGUUAUAUAUGUAUAAUAUAUUUU